CCUGUCCCUGCCCUCUAAUGGCUCAACCCCACCAAACACCAAGUGGCACAGAGAAAGAGGGACACUACCACUUCCUAGCAGGCAUACCCAGUGGAGGAGCAGUGGAUCAGGAGGAUGUCGGAGCAGCAGAGUGCCCCGGAGCAGCUGGCUGCUGGAAAGAGCCAGGGUGGAGCUGGAGCCAUGUAUAAGGUGGUGCUGUUCGAGUUCGAGAACUUCCAGGGCUGCAAGGCGGAGUUUUCAGCAGAGUGUAAAGAUGUGACAGAGAAGGGACUCGGGAAGGUUGGAUCUGUGAUAGUUGAGUCAGGACCCUGGGUGGGUUAUGAUCGCCAGGGAUUCAUUGGGGAGCAGUUUAUCCUGGAGAAGGGCGAGUACCCACGCUGGGACACCUGGACCAACAGUCAGAACAGCUACACCCUCUUGUCUCUAAGGCCACUCAAAGUGGACAGUGCUGAACACAAGCUACACCUGUAUGAGAACCCUGGAUUUACUGGUAGAAAGAUGGAGAUUGUUGAUGAUGAUGUGCCCAGUUUGUGGGGCCACGGUUUUCAGGAUCGUGUAGCGAGUGUCAAGGCUCUUAACGGAACAUGGGUUGGCUACAUGUACCCAGGCUACAGAGGGCGCCAGUUCAUCUUCGAGCGAGGAGAGUUCAAGCAUUGGAAUGACUGGGAGGCUCCCGCUCCCCAGAUCCAGUCUGUCAGACGUGUGCGGGACAUGCAGUGGCACAAGAGAGGCUGCUUCAUUGUCACCGACCCAGACCCAGCUCCCGGUCCCGGCCCUGACCCCGACCCCGCCCCAGCACCUCCUGCACCCCCUGCAACAGCUGGAGCCAGCUGAGCAGGAUUUCCUCACCUGCCUCCCAAACCCCUCCCUCUCACAGCCUCCCCCACAGCUGCCAACAGUGCCUGCCCUCUGCCUUUAACCUAACCAUGGCAAACGCUGCUUGUGCCCAGUGAGGAGUGCCAUGUAUGUUUCAGUGGCGAAUAAAAAGUUGUUUGACCUGGAGUCGGCCCUGUUUGUUGGUGAUGUCAUACUUGUGCAUCAAGGUGGAAAUGGCUUUAACUGAGGUAGUAAAUUUGGAAAAACCACUAUCAGAGUUGACAUCCAUGUGGAAAUAGUGUAGCCUACAUUUGGCAGAUAUUUUUUCCUCAAGAUAAACUGCAGAUGUG